UAUACUUAUUAAGUCAGGGUAAAAAACAGCGAACCAAAAAAGAAACCAUGCUAGCUUAUUAUAAAAUGUGACAGAAUAAUCACAAUGGCACAUCCGAGAGAAUCCCAUCGUUCCAUUCAUUUUAAGAGAGUAAAAAACGCAAAUGUUUAAAUGAACUGGGUAAAGGUUUGCAUUAUACAUGAUUUUCCAAUAGUGAUAGUUAUAGAGGUACAUAUAUAUUUAUAUCUAUAUGACUAAUAAUAUAAUAUACAGUGGUCACAUCGCUAUAUACAUACAUACUUAUAAUAUACAAAUACACAAUGGUCACAUCGCUAGAUACCAGCAUGGUAUACCGUGUUUUGUCCUUGUUAAUAAAGCUUGCUUGGAAAAAGAGCCCCCUGGCAAGCAAAAAUUGUAUCAAUAAAGUUAUUUCAAAAGCGAGUGCGGAACAGUUAUGGGGAAGAGCCGGGCUCGAAGGUUUAAGCCUGGGGUUUUUGAUCCUACACUUCCAGUCAGACAGUCAAAUGGACUCGGCGAACAGGAAAACUCGGAGACUCCCAGUUUGCAGGCGGAGGAGCUGCUGCAAAAGCUCCAGAGCCCCAGUCCCGAAGUAAGGGAAUUUGCUUGUGCCAGCAUCUCCAAACUUGUCCAGCAAAAAAAAGUUAUCCCUUCUUUCCUGCAGAGAGAUGCGGUCCGAUGCUUGGGGCCGCUUCUGCUCGAUCCAUGCUUGACCGUACGGGAGACUGCUGCUGGUGCUUUACGGAACUUAAGCACCUGUGGUGGUUUUGAUGUAUGCGAUGAUAUGGUGUCCAGGGAUGUCAUGACACCAUUGGUGGCUUUGCUACGUGAGUGUACAACAGGUUUAGAUGUCAAUAUGGAAUCUGCAAUGAAAAGCAAAGAUGUGGCCAAAAACUAUGUGGAAGAUAUUGCAAACCAGGCUCUUAAUGUGCUGUGGAAUGUCUGUGAAAGCAGUAGUAAAGCACUGUGUGUAUUCAACAAGGAAAACUGCGUGGACAUUGUUCUUCAGUGUCUGAGCAAGUUCCAAACAAAUACUGAUAUGGCAAUUUCAGCAGCAUAUUGCCUACAGACAGUCACAGAAGAUAAUCAAGAUCUUUUGAACUCCAUUGAUGAUGCUUCUCUGCAGAUGCUGGAGCCUGUGAUGUUAGCCUCAGCUACUAACAUGGAUAUUUGGCUACUACAGACUGUAGUUGCUGGGUCAGUUUGGAAUCUACGGGAGAGAAUUGCAGCCUCCGUGCAGGCAGAUUCAAUAACAGCCAUUCUAAGAAUCAUUGCGGAGGUUCUCUCUGUUGAUGCUGGACAAUAUAUUCUGCAGAUGAAAGAAGUAGGGACAAAACAGUUAAGUGCAGCCACUGUUGAGCAUGAGAGCGAAGAAGCUACAGCAAUUCUAGAUCCUUCUGUGAGUGAAGAGGAUGAAAUGAUGGAUGGUUUCAGUAAGCAAAAGAAGAUUACAGAUAUUUCAGACCUGAUUCCGGCUGCAAACUAUGAGAUAAGGCAAGCUACAUCACUAUUGGUGGCACAGAAAACCGCUCUGGAAAUGGUUGUGAACAUGUGCUGUAGUGAUGACCCAUCUGAUGAUGAAUGGGAGGAGCUAUCCAGUAGUGAUGAAAGCGAUUUAGGCCUUGAAAAAUCAUUGAAUGAUGGUGGUGGUCAGUUGUUGUCUCCCCUCUGUCUGUCUGAUGAGGUUCACACUGCUCUUCUUAACCAUUUUAUUCCUAAAAAGGUAUUUGAAAAGACUAGGUUUCCAAACAGUUGUGCUGUAAAGGUCUGUCAAGAGGAUCCUGCAUGGAAACCACUGAUUCCAAAAUUGUACACAGUUCAGUACAGAGCUUUGACCUGUCUGAAUAACAUCCUGUCUGUGUUUGAUAUGGAGAGUCUUGGGGGAGCCUCGGCCCUACAGGAGCUGGCUCAGCAUCUCUCGGAGAUUGUUUUUACUCAGUCAGAUGUGCUAAAUCAGGAUGAAUUUUUAGAAGCAGCAAGCAGCGCUGUUCGGGCUGUAUUGCAGAUAAUGGCUUCCAAAGGAAUACCUCAGAGAAAUGGGCAAUCCACUCUCAUCUGUUCCUGCACUGACAUGCAUAUCAUCGGCUUUGUACCGACAAAUGCAGGAGCAUUUUCACACACUGAUGUCAUGCCUGUCAGUUCAGAAACGUCAAGGCGCGUAUGAGAACGGAUCAACUCUUCCUUAAAGCAAUGAAAUGGCUGCAUCUGACAUUAGCCUUACAGUUUCCUAAAUUCUUCAUUAUGUAAGUAAUGUUAUUGCUUUAUUGCAGUGUAUGAUGCCAGAACAGAUCAUGAAUCUCUGCGAAGCUUGUGUUCAGAG